CUGGGAGGGACGAGGGAGUCGGCCAUCUUGGCUUCGCCGGGCUGCUCGCGAGCGGGGGAGGGACUGGCUGGGUUGGGGAAGUGGCCGCGUUUCGCUCCCCGCUCGUGGAGAGGCGAGAGGCAGAGCGCAGGGGGGUCCCACCGUUGCCCGGCCAGCAGCGUCUCUAGCGAGGAGGAUGGCAGGGCGGCUCCCGGCGUGCGUGGUGGACUGCGGCACGGGGUAUACAAAACUGGGAUAUGCUGGAAAUACAGAACCUCAGUUCAUCAUUCCUUCAUGUAUUGCAAUCAAGGAAUCGGCAAAAGUUGUUGACCAAGCACAAAGGAGGGUUAUGAAAGGUGUGGAUGAUUUAGACUUCUUUAUUGGGGAUGAAGCAAUAGAAAAACCAACUUAUGCAACAAAGUGGCCUAUCCGCCAUGGUAUAGUUGAAGACUGGGACUUAAUGGAGCGGUUUAUGGAGCAAGUUAUCUUUAAAUAUCUAAGAGCAGAACCAGAAGAUCAUUACUUUCUUUUGACUGAGCCGCCACUAAAUACUCCAGAAAAUAGGGAAUAUACUGCUGAGAUAAUGUUUGAGUCCUUCAAUGUUCCAGGGCUGUACAUUGCUGUUCAGGCUGUCCUUGCCUUAGCUGCAUCUUGGACAUCGAGACAGGUAGGAGAACGGACCUUGACUGGCACAGUUAUAGACAGUGGAGAUGGUGUUACUCAUUGCAUUCCUGUGGCUGAAGGCUAUGUGAUUGGAAGCUGUAUCAAACAUAUUCCAAUUGCAGGACGAGAUAUAACAUACUUCAUUCAGCAACUGCUGAGAGAACGAGAAGUAGGAAUUCCUCCUGAGCAAUCCUUGGAAACAGCAAAAGCUGUGAAGGAGCGCUUUAGUUAUGUCUGUCCUGAUUUAGUAAAAGAAUUCAACAAGUAUGACACAGAUGGUACAAAAUGGAUUAAACAGUAUACUGGAAUCAAUGCAAUCUCAAAGAAAGAAUUCACCAUUGAUGUUGGCUAUGAGAGAUUCUUGGGUCCAGAGAUCUUCUUUCAUCCUGAAUUUGCUAAUCCAGACUUCACGCAACCCAUUUCAGAAGUAGUAGAUGAAGUUAUUCAGAAUUGUCCUAUUGAUGUUAGACGUCCGCUGUAUAAGAAUAUUGUCCUCUCUGGAGGUUCAACCAUGUUCAGGGACUUCGGUCGCCGUUUACAACGAGAUUUGAAAAGAACUGUUGAUGCCCGGCUGAAACUUAGUGAGGAACUCAGUGGUGGCAGACUGAAGCCCAAACCUAUUGAUGUACAAGUUAUUACCCAUCACAUGCAAAGAUACGCAGUUUGGUUUGGAGGAUCAAUGCUGGCUUCCACACCUGAGUUCUACCAAGUAUGCCACACCAAAAAAGAUUAUGAAGAGAUUGGUCCUAGCAUCUGUCGUCACAACCCCGUGUUUGGAGUCAUGUCCUAAAACUGACCUCAGAGGGGUCAGGCCUAGAGAAGUGGGGAAAAGGAGGGUCUUUCUGAUUACUUGUUUGUCUGGAUGGCGGGUAUUAAGAUAACAAACAUGACUUGACAAUAAGAAAAAGACCAAACUGAAUUAAACAGGAAUAUUUUAAUAAGUGUCUCAAUAUGCGGAUAUAGUGGAAAGCCAAAAUAAUUAAAGGUGUUUUUUUUCUUUAGAUUGAAUAUUUGAAUCUGUGCGUAACACAACAAAGAAGUGGGUUUUAGUUAUUUCUGUGCCCUGAUAUUUUGUAUAUUAACGAAUUAUCCAAGAUUUGAUGGGGUUUGAUGGUGUGUAGAUAGCCAGCUAUCUAAUGCUUCAGUUGUACUCUUUACAUGUGUACAAUGCAAGAACUUGUUUAUAUUUCAUACUUUUUUAUACUUUGAGGGAAAAUAUCAAAGAAAAACUGUAAUAUUUGAGGAAAAUGACCAACUUGAUGGUAAAUUAAAAUAAAUAAAUAAUGGGCACAUGAAGCUUACUCAUGUGACUCUAGUUAUUACAAAUUAUGACCAGUCUAAAUUCUCGGUUCCAAUUUUGCAAGUGCUUUUGGAACAAAGAAGCUUGGGUUAACUGAUGCCUGCUAGUGCUUUCUGAUUACUCGGUGCAUUUUCAUUCUAUUUCUUGCUUUAAAAAAAAAAAAAAAAAAGUAAAGACAAGUCUGUUGGACCAGUAUUGCAGUUCCGUAGUGUCAUUUCUAAUUAAAUAAUUCAAUUAUCAAAAGAGGUGUAUUUAAAGCCUAACACCAUUCCAAUAAAGACACAACAUUUCUUUUUA